AUGGAAGGAGCAGCGGUGAAAAAAGCAAAUGGAGCCGCAAAGCCAAAUAAAAAAGCGAGAAAUCCAGCAACAAAAUCGAAGAAAAAUCAAAAAGGUGGAAAACAUAAAAACAAUCAUCACAAGAAAAAAGGGAAUAAGAAAAACUCGAAAAGUAAAAACAGUGGAAAAGGACCAUUUGCAUGUUGUGGUGGAAAAAAGAAGAAAAAGAAGGGAAAGAAAUCGAAAAAGUCGAAAAAUGUGUCACGACAACCAAAACCGAUGAAUCCGCCACCAAAUGAAGAACUUGGUGAAAUUGUAUUAGUGAAGAAUGCGAAAGCAAAAGCUGCAGCUGGUGCUCCAACAACAGCUCCACCAGCAGUUACAGAACCAGCUGCAAAUGUUCCAGUUGUCACUCAAGAUCCAGCUAAAAUUGAUGAAAACAAGCCAAAACUACCAGAACAACAAGAAAUUGGAAAACAAGAAUCUGGAAGUGGAAAUGGAAGUGGUCAACAAAAGAAAAAAGAAGAGAAAAUGGCAAACCCGAAACAAGGUCAAGAAAAUGCAAAAGAAUCACUGAGCAAAGAAAAACUGGUUGUGAGUGGAACAGAAAAAGAGAAACAAGAAAAGGAAAAAGAAGGAAAGAAAGAAAAAGAAAAUGAAAAAGGAAAAGAAAAAGAAAAAGAAAGAGAUGAAACUCAAACUGCAAGAGAAGAAGAUAAAAAAGGAAGUUUGAAAGGAAAAAGUAAAUGGAUGGCAUUGGCAAAACAGAUCAAUGAUUUUGAUGCACAAGUUCCAAUGGUCAGUUAAUUUCGGCAAAGAUUGAUUCGAAAAGAAUUCUUCUAACAUACUUUGGGGGUACCCUAAAGAUUUUAUAUAUUUACCUCAUACACAAAAAAUUUAGAUAAUUUACAGAAAGAAUACGAUUUGGUGUCUGGCUAUAUUCCACCUUUCGUUUCGAAAAAUUACUUUGUCACAAAUAUGGAGAAAAAUCGAUUUUCUGGUAAAAAUUCUUUCAACUCGCUAAAAAAAGCUCUAACACACGUUUUUCUUUAGAUGUUGUUUGUUUGGAUCAUUCACGUGUUCAAUUAAGCGAUGACACUUAUAUUCAUGCAAAUUGGGUCGAAAUUAACGAGAAGAAAUCUGCAAUAUUGACACAAUUACCUCUUCCACACACAGCUUGUGAUUUUUGGCAAAUGGUAAGGGCGAAUAUUCCUCGAAUCCCACAACUAAUCAAUUUUUUUAGAUUAUUGAUCAAUCAGUUAAAGGCAUGCUUUUACUUUUAACUGAAAGUGAAUAUGAUGAACUUGGAGGAGAAUUUGUUUUUCCAAAAAAUCAGGAUUUUCUUCAUUUUGAAGAAAGAAAUAUUCGAGUCGGAGAAUAUAAAAGUGUUGAAAUUAAAAAAGGAUGGGAAAUGAAAGUUUUGAGUGUGACUAAUGGAAUUUAUAAAUCGUGAGUUGAUAUAUUUUUUUUAAAUGUUUAUGAGUCUUGUUUUUCCUAGAUUUCUUCAUGUUCAUCACUUCAAACUUUGGCCUCAUAAUGGAAUUCCACAAAAUCCGACAACAAUUUGGCAAAUACAAUCAGUAUUCAGAAAAUAUCAUGGAACAACAGUUUAUGUUUCACUUUCUGGUUGUGGAAGAGCUGGAACUUAUGCACUUUUUGAAAAUUCACAUUCAUCUUUGCAUAAUGAAAAAGCAAAUUUUGAAAUGAUGAAAUGUUUGGAGAAAGUUCGAACUGGUCGUUUACAUUCUUGUCAAAAUAUAACACAAUAUUCUUUUGUUUAUAGUUUGAUCGCUGAACAUGUUCUUGGAAAUGUAGGUUUACCAAAAAAUAAAUUUCUAUUUAUUAAAUAAUUCAUUUCGUUUAGGGUUUUCAAAAAUUGUUGAAGACUUGUAAUGAAGAUAGCGAGGAAGAAAUAAUUCAGAAAACGAUGAAAAAUCUGGUUAUUACUUAA